ACUCUGUACGCGAUCAGGUAGUAUGUAUAUCAGCGGCGUCAGGGUUGUCACAUAAAGAAACUGAUUCCCGACGCCCUCUCAAGCUACACCCCUUGAUCUCGCAGCUGAAAGUCGCUGCACAAGCCAGACUAUCAUCCCCAUGUCUACCAAAACCGAGGUCGACCCUCUUCUUCCCCAGAACGACCCUGCCCCAGAGAUCCAGGGAUAUGGCUUUUCGAGAUAUAAAGGCUACGCUGGUAUACAGGCUUCAGAAGCGGAGUCGCAGACCAAAGAUUGGAUAGAUGACAGUGAAGAGGAUGAUGCGCAGUCUGUAUCGACGACAAAUGCAAGAUCGGCCUUGAACGGGAUCGCUUCACUUUUGACGGUCGUUAUCUUCUUGGGACUGUUGGUCGCUCUGUUGAGACCGAGACUACAAGACGGCACUAACGAGCCGUUGCCCUUGCCCAAGCACCCUCCUCAGACCAUUGAAGACAGAGUCGCCGAUAUCCUUGACCAUACUCCAUUGAUAGACGGCCAUAAUGACCUUGCUAUCUUCCUCCGGUUUGCAUAUCAGAACAAGCUGCACACCAAGGUGUUCAAAGAUAGAUUCGAGAACGGCGGGAUGGAGGCGAACGUUGAUCUGCCUCGUCUACAGGCAGGGCUGGUCGGAGGCUCAUUUUGGAGCGCAUUUGUCGUGUGUCCAGACGACGCCAGUGACGACUUUUCAGACGAAACAUAUGCCACCGCGGUUGCUCAUACUCUGUCACAGAUCGACUUGGUCCGACGGUUACAGAGUGAAUAUCCUCAAAAUUUCACGUCUGCGACCGCACCACUUUCGGUGUCUUUGAGCAAUUUCCAUGCUACAAGAUCAGUGAUAUCGCCCAUCAGCAUCGAAGGACUGCACCAGAUUCCACAGUCGGCUCCUCUCUCGACUCUUCGUCUGUACUAUGCUUUGGGUGUGCGUGCAGCGACGCUUACCUGGAAUUGCCAUAAUGCUUUUGCCGACGCUGCCCUUAUAACCUCAAAGGGGGAGACCAAGGUGGCGCCGUACCAUCGUGGAGGUAUCACCACAGCCGGAAGAGACGUCAUUCGCGAGAUGAACCGACUUGGUAUGCUGGUCGACAUUUCUCAUACCUCGUAUUGGACGCAAAAAGCGGUUCUGAGCAACAGGACCUCCGCUGCCCCAGUCAUCUUCUCCCAUUCUUCAGCAUUUACCUUGUGUCCGCAUCCACGAAAUGUACACGAUGACAUCUUGGAUCUUGUCAAGGAAACUGGAAGCUUGGUGAUGGUCAACUUUUCGCCAGGGUUUAUCUCCUGCUUACCCCCACCCAAUUCGAGCAUAGUUCCAGAAUUCUACGAAAAGAACAAUACCCUGCACCAAGUGGCUAGACACAUUGUCUAUAUUGGUGACAAGAUAGGGUAUGAUUAUGUUGGGCUUGGCAGUGAUUUCGACGGCAUGGGCGACCUGACUCCGCGUGGUUUGGAAGGCGUGGACAAGUACCCAAACCUGAUCGCUGAGCUGCUUAAGAUGGGCGUCAGCGACAAGGACGCUGGCAAGGUGGCAGGCGGCAACCUUUUGCGGGUCUGGCAGACUGCUGAAGGGAUUGCGAAGCGGCUGCAAAGGAUGACUCACGAAGGUGAGGAUGAAGUAAGUGGUUGGUAGUGCGGCAGCAUAUACAGCAGUUAUUUGUUUUCUGGUGAAGGUCGCAUCGAAUUUUUGGCUAUUGAGGGCUCUCUGAAAAUGGCGUCAAUCUGCGACAUUUGUCCUGCGCUUACAUCUCAGUGAAUAUUAU